AUGACUAGGAGGUCCAACAAGGACAACCUAGUUGAACAUCCAGAGAUAGACAAGCUUGAGAAGCAACUUAGGAAGCAAAAGCCCAAGAGAUGGCCGACGAAGCAGCUCGCGCUCACGCCGCUGAAGUGGCGCGCGCUCAAGAAGAAGGAAGAGAUCCACCUCCUCCUCCUCCUAAUCCCUGCUGGAGAUGUGAACGCACAACCCCAAGCUGGAGCACCUACAAUCGGAGACUAUGACUCUGCCGAUGCUUUCUUCAUGGAUAGAAACCCUAUCCAUCCACCACCACCUGCAAGGAAUGACUAUGAGAUCAAGCCUCAGAUCAUUGCAUUGGUUAGACAGAACCAAUUCAAUGGACUUCCAGCUGAGCAUCCUCUUGAUCACAUAGAAAACUUUGAAGAAAUUUGCAGCACUACAAGAUCCAAUGGAGUCUCUGCUGACUACCUUAAGUGCAAGCUCUUUUCAUUCUCUCUUGGCGACAAAGCUUCAAGAUGGUUGAAGUCUCUGCCAGCUCACUCCAUCACCACUUGGGAUGAGUACAAGGCUGCAUUCAUCAACCACUUCUACACCAAACAGAGAUCAAUUUCUGUGAGAAACAAGAUCUCCACUUUUCGCCAAGGCAACAAUGAAUCUUUCUAUGAGGCGCUAGAUCGAUUCAAGGAGUACAUUAGGGACUGCCCUAAUCAUGGUUUCAAUGAGGGAAACCUAUGGAACAUCUUCUAUCGUGGCAUAGACCACAAGUACAAGCUUUCAUUGGAUACAGCAAGCAAUGGAAACUUCAUGACCAAGACUGUUGAUGAAGCUAAGGUUCUUAUUGAGAAUCUUGCAGCUAGUGAUUGUAACAACUGUCCUGAUUAUGACCGCUCAAGCCGCACCACUACUAGCUCCCCUGAUUCUUUUCAAAUGACUGAACUCAAGAACAUGAUGGCUCAAGUUCUUAAGGGACAGCUCAAGCAUAUCAAUGCAAUAGAAGGGAUGAGUGAUGCUAAUGAAGAUUCAUCAAGAGAAUGCAUGGGAGAUUUCUCUAAUGAUGCCAAUGAAGAAGAUGUGAACUACAUUGGAAACUAUGGGAACAAGGGAUACAAUCCAAGCUAUCGCCCAAAUCCCAACAUGUCCUAUAGAAACCCCAAUGUGGAGAAUCCUCAAGACCAAGUGUAUCCUCCAAGGUAUCCACAACAACAAAGACCUCCUUACCAAUCUCAAGGAAGUCAAUUUCAGCCAAGGCAAGGAUAUGAGCAGAGAUCAUCAUAUCCGCCCAAGGAGCCAUAUGCUUCUUCACCAAAUCAAGCUCCUCCAAACCAACAAGGUGGGAGAUUUGAAGGAAUCCUCCAACAGAUCAUGGAUGGCCAGAAGAGAAACACUAAAGAGAUGUAUGAGAAGAUGGACACUUUGUUCAGCAAUCUCAACACCAAGUAUGAUGCUGUUGCCACUCAUGUGAAGAAACUAGAGACUCAAGUCACUCAAACUAUGGAAGCUGUUAAGAGACAGGAAGCUGAAUCCAAGAAGUCCUUUUGCAACUCAGCUGCCAUAGAAGAAAGAUUUGAAGACCAAGUUCCAGAAUGGAUGCUUUCAAAACCUACUGUUGAUUGCAUGAUUUGGCCUGAAGAGAAUUACCCAGAGAGAGAGUCCAAUCGAGCUAGAAAGAGAAGACUCUUCCCAAAGAUUAUCCCCAAGACAGAUAACUCAGGAAAGUUUGUGUGCCUUGUAUCAUCAAAGAUACUCAUUGCAAGGAGAAAAGACUUGGAGGAUCAAGGAUGCCUCUUGUCUCUAUCUUCUCCUGAUGCCAAGCCUUACAGUCAAGCUAAAGACUUAAAACAAGCGCUGCAUGGGAGGCAACCCAUGAGGAUAGAAGGAGAAAAAGGUGUGAAAACACAAUCCGCGCCAAAACAUUGGCCGCGGACGCGCAAAGGUGAUUUUUGGCCGAGCAAUUCUCAUUCUGGCCGACCGUUACGGUCGAGCCGGGAAGGAAUAGCUCGUGCUCGGCCGGAUUCACUCCAUUGCGCGACAGAAAACGUUCGAGCGCCACGCGCGAACCGGGAAAGAAACGAUCGCGAUCGGCCGAAUUUUCGUAUCGGAACGGACCGACCGUGCCGGUCGAUCCGGGAAACAUUCGCUCGGCCACGGCCGAAUUCUCUCGGCCAAAACCGAAUUUGGCCGACCAAAUCGCUCGACCGCGACAAAAUCCAUCGGCCAUCGGCCCAAAACUUUUCUAGGCCAAGGUAA